AUGGCCGUGGUGCUCCGGCUCUGCGCCGCCUUGGCCCUGGCGCUGCUCCCCGCCGCCGCGCAGGACGUGGCGGGAGCUUGUCACCAGUAUACAAACAAGAGCUGUGAGGAGUGUCUGAAAAAUGUCACAUGCCUGUGGUGUGCCAGCAGUGGGAGGUGUGUGGAGUACCCUGUCCGAAGAGUCCUCCCUCCGGCUGACCUGUGUGAGCUCCGCUCCGCGCGCUGGGGAGUCUGCUGGGUGAACUUUGAAGCCCUGAUCAUUGCGAUGUCUGUGGUGGGAGGAACAAUCCUUAUCACCUUGGGGGUCUGCUGCUGCUGCUGCUGUUGCAAGAAAAAGAGCAAAAAGCCAGACAAGGAUGACGAGAGAGCGGCCCGGGAGCGGGAGAGGAGACGAGUGCGGCAGGAGGAGAGGAGAGCAGAGAUGAAAUUGCGGCACGACGAAAUCCGAAGGAAAUAUGGCCUGUUCAAGGAAGAGAACCCUUAUGCAAAAUUUGAGAAUUAGCAUCUCCAGACCUGCCCAGCCUGGUAAACAGUGCCUUUCCACAGAGCUGCAGGACUCCCACACCUUCUCUGUCACAAGGAGAUCACUGUGGUGCCACUCGCUGCUUCAGCCGCCACAGAAGAUGAGCCAGGUGCUUGGUGACACCAUUGUACCCACUCUAAAUGCUCAGUUUGCUCCAGAGCUUUGCCCUUGCUCUGCUGGUACAGGAAAAUGUGGUGGCAACACCAGAGGAUGACACAUUUCUUCUCACUCACCCCUGGAGUGGUAACAGUCCAAAGCAAUGCAAAUAACAGCCCCAGUCUCUGGCCAUGGGCAAAAGCAACCUUCUGCAUCUGUCUUGCUCCUGCCUCACCAACCACGCUUCACACACACAGCCAGGCUCUUCUGCACACACACCCCAUUUCUUUUGUUUGUUUGUUUUUCUUUUAGUAUAAGCAAAAGCCAGCAAGAGGUUCUUGAUUUGGUUGGUCAGCAGGCCUUGGCUGUUAUUCCAGGUGCCUGUAGCUGGCCCAUGCACAUUAGCAUUCCUUUCAAAAAGCACAGGUUUCUGGUUAUCUCAGGCCUCCAGGAGGAAGAUCCCAUGUGCAUGUUCUCACUUGCAACUAAUCUGGGGAAAAGCCCCAACUUUCCUACCUCUCUGUGCUCUUCUAGAAUGGUGGUCUGCUGGGCUGGAUUGCCAUGACUGAUAGCAAUGCUGUAGGAUUCAGAUGCAUUUUACAAUAUGUUG